UGUGCAGCUGACGUUGCAGGACUUCCCGGUCGUCUCUUCUCCAUGGAGCCCCCGAAGCUGGAAGUAGACCUUUCUGAUCCUGCAUCAUUGCAGGGAGAUCAAGAUAAUGGAGAAGAUUGUGGGGAUCAACUGGAUGCAAAGCCAGACAGAAGAGAUCGAUUAUCAAUCUUCGGAAACAAAAAAAAGAAUGAACAGGAACAACAGUCAGAUCCAGAGGCGUCUUUCAGUAACUACUACCGAAUUGUUACCCCAACAUUCCGGUACAGUAUGGACUACAAGAAAGUUGGUAAAUGCAUUAUUAUAAACAACAAGAAUUUUGCAGACUAUACAGGCAUGGGUAGACGAAAUGGCACAGAUAAAGAUGCUGGCGAUUUGCAGAAAUGUUUCCGAAAUAUAGGGUUUGAUGUUGUUGUAUAUAAUGAUCAAAGCUGUGAAGAAAUGGAGAAAUUGCUCAAACAAGCUGCAUGUGAGAACCACAGCGAUGCUGCUUGUUUUGCCUGUAUAUUUUUAAGCCACGGAGAGGAGGGUCUCAUCUAUGGCACAAAUGGAGCUAUGCCAAUCAAGAAUUUGACUUCGUUUUUUAGGGGAGACAAGUGUCCAAGCCUUGUUGGAAAACCUAAACUAUUUUUCAUUCAGGCAUGUCGAGGUUCUGAAUUUGAUGAUGGUAUACAGACAGACUCAGGUCCUUCAAAUGACAAUCUGGAAACUGAUGCCAAUCCCAGAUACAAGAUUCCAGUUGAAGCAGAUUUUUUGUUUGCAUAUUCUACUGUGCCAGGUUAUUAUUCCUGGAGAAAUCCAGGAAAAGGCUCCUGGUUUGUGCAGUCUCUUUGCUCAGUACUGAGCAAGCAUGCAAAAGAGCUGGAGAUCCUUCAGAUUCUCACCAUGGUUAACUAUAAGGUAGCUACAAGCUACGAAUCACAAUCUGAUGAUCCUCGCUUUAGUGAAAAGAAGCAAGUUCCUUGCGUGGUCUCCAUGCUAACUAAAGAACUUUACUUCUGAAAUCACAUUUCAAAGGGCUAGUUAUGAACAGCAGCUCCCAAAACUCAACUCAAGCUCUGGAACCAACUAGAUGCCAUUCUUCCGAAAUAUGCAAUGCCAAGAUUACCUCAAUUGAUAGAUUAGAUUCUUUCCUACAUGCCGUUAAAGUGUGUAUGUGUGCAUGCGAGUGUACACUGAUCAGUGCUUCAGUUCUUUGUUUAUAUGGACACUAAAAGAAAUACUGCUAAUACUUCUCUUGGUUCACUAUGUCCAGGGUCUUUUGUCCACAUCAUGGAAAUAUCUUGAUGUUUCUGUAUUAAGUAUUUUUACUUUGUUUCUAGUGCUACAUGGAAACCACCAUGUUAUUUUACUUAUGUAGUACUUGCAAGGGAAAAAAGGGAGGGUGUGAAUUAUACAGACCUAUGACCAAGGUGUAGUGGAGGGGAAUUUUAAGUUUUCAGUAAUUGAACAGUGAACUUGAUAUCACUGACGUUUACAUAUCAGAGGAUAUUGCCAUUUAACAAACCUUGAAUGGUUAAAAUCUGGACCUUCCCUAACUGAUGUAGUUUUUUAGCCAUUUAUUGUUAGAAUCCUUCCAUUUAAAUCUCUUUACACUUUUCUUAGUCUUGGACAAACUGGCCUUAGAAAACCUAGGAACUGCUAAACUGUUUAUUUUUAUGAAAUUGGGGGGAGGGGGAGGAUUGAGUCUAUUUUGAGAUCACUAAGCAAUAAGUGCAACAUUUAAUCUACUUAGCACCAUAACAAGUUGACAAUAAAAAUCCAUUGUAAUGUGUAGCUCAGUAGUUAUAAA